UGUCCAAGAAACAACAUCCGAAGCAAGUUCUUGAUAGACAUUUAUUUAAGUAGAGGUCGAGAGUCAAAAGUACAUACAUUUGUGAGACAAGAAGAUCAAGGCUGAAGAAAGAGAUUUUGUGAAAUAACAUGGCAAAAAAACAAGACCUCUUUGAUCUUGUAAACGUGAAUGAUGGUUCCUCUCCAUCUUUCUCUUACAAAUCUGAAUCAGAAGAUGAGAUUUUGCAAGAAGCUGCUGAAUUUGCUGAAGAGCUCCAGUUACAAGAGCCUCUAAAGGCUUCGUUGGUCAGUUGCCCAAUGGCAAGCAAUGUGUCAUCAUCAACUUCGUCCAGGACCAAUAUGGAAGCAAUUUCAGAACAAGAAAUUGCUGAUGCCAGUUGCAGCAAUAAUAAUCCAACUCUCAUGACUGAAACAGAAGCAGUUAGUCGUGGUGCAGCGAAAAUUAUAAGUCACAAUUCAGCACAAGAUGAGUGUAGGAAAAGAGCUGAAAGCAUUGCUGCAAAACAGGAGGGUACUCCACAGAGUCCCAAUACUAAAGCAAAGAAAGAUAAAGGUGUGGAUCCGAAUUCAGACAUUCCACUUAAUGUUAAAUCUGAAUCGGUGGUCAGCAGAGGAAACGGAGGUGCAUUGGAUGAUAACAAGAAGAGCAGAUUGUCCAAGGAAUUGGCACCUAAGAUUGUCAAUAAACCUAUUGAGCAGUUUUACUGUCCUGCAUGCGCAGAAGUUCCUGAUACCAUCAAAUGGUACCCAGGCCUGCAGGCCCUGAUAUCACAUGCCAGAAAAACCACUAAAGGAAAAAGGGCUCAACUCCACCAGAACCUAGAAAAGCAGCUGACAAGGAAGUUCGGCAGAAAGGGAACUUCUGAUAGUUCUGGUGGUGAAGUGCUAAGUAAAUGGAAAGGUCUAAAAGAUGAGAAUAAAGAUCAUGAGAUCGUUUGGCCUCCUAUGGUUGUUGUUAGGAAUACAGCAAGCCUUAAAAAAGACGAGAACAAUAAGGUGUUCGCUUGUAUCGAAUUAAAUUUCAGCGGAUUGGCAUAACAGAUCAGGAACUCCUUGAUUUGUUCAGCUCAUAUGAAGCUAUUGAGAAGGUUCAACAUGCAUGCAAUUCGAAUGGACAUUGUGGGAUGAGUAUUUUGAUUUUUG